AUGUGCGACUGCUUCCACAUGGUGCUGCCCACCUGGCCUGGAGCCCCCGGCAGCGUGUCUGGCCGGCAGCUGCAGCCCGAGGAACCAGCUGCAGAAACUGAAGAGGGCCACUCUGUGACUGAAGGGCCUGUGGAUGAGAUCAUUCGGCCACGGCCACAGGGGUCCUCACCUGUUUACGAAUGCACCAUUGAGGGCUCCAGCUUCAGACUCCAGGAAGACACCUUGGGCAGGCAAGCCUCCUCGGGAAGACGGAGAUCCUGGUGGAAGUGGGAUUCGGGGGACUCGAGGACGUUUUCCAGGAUGAGUCGUCCAGAGUCCAUGCAGGAGGCAACAGAGGUGACGCUGAAGACCGAGGUGGAGGCUGGAGCCAGUGGCUACAGUGUCACAGGUGGCGGGAACCAGGGGAUAUUUGUCAAGCAAGUGCUGAAGGACUCCUCAGCUGCCAAGCUCUUUAGCUUGAGAGAAGGGGAUCAGCUCCUCAGUGCAACCAUAUUCUUUGAUGACAUUAAAUAUGAAGAUGCUCUCAAAAUCCUUCAGUACUCAGAGCCAUACAAGGUUCAGUUCAAAAUCAAACGGAAACUCCCAGCCAGGGAGGAUGAGGAGUGGUCCAGCAGUGCUCGGCACGGCGCCCAGGGCAUGGAGAAGCAGGAGAAGGACAUUGCUGAUGGAUGCACAGAGACCCCCACGAAGACACUGGAAGGAGAAGGAGACAGGGAGAGACUCAUCAAACCCAAGGUGGGGAGAGGCCGGCGGCCCCAGAAGGAGCGACUCUCCUGGCCCAAAUUCCAAGCAAUAAGGAGCAAGCGAGGGCCCCGGAGGUCCCACAGCUCGUCAGAGGCCUACGAGCGUGGGGAUGUGCCCGAUGUGUCCCCCACGAGCACAGACACAGAGGUGCAGCUCCCGGAUGAGCACCCACGGCAGAAGGCAGGGCUGGGCAGCGACAGGAGGAGGAGAUUCCUGGGCCUGAGAUUCAGGACGGGCUCGGGCCGGGGCCCAUCUCUGGUGGUGCAACCAGGAGCAGAGGCCCAGGGAGGGAUGGGUCAUACUGGGGUCUUGGAGGAGUCAGGGACCUGCGACGACAGGCUUGAGGAGACAGGGGGUACCGUAGGCAGCAGGAAAGAGGAGAGAGCAGCACUAGUGCAAGACAUGCCACCCAUGCAGGUCACAGAGAGGCCCGCAGAACCUGGUGAGGGGGCACCAGGAAAAGCAGCCGGCCUGGCAGCCAGGCGUCAGAAAAAGAUGAAGGCACAGGAGCAGACCACGACCCCGAAGAAGAGUGGGGCCCAGCCAGCUCCCAGGAUGAGCUGGGAGACUGAAGGGGAAGAAAUACAGAGCCUGGAAAUUGGGAUCGCCAGACUGUCCCUACAAGACACAACCACCCAGGGAGUCACACAGAGUCGCACGCCAGAAAUCCGGGUCAGAAUACCCGAUUUAAAGGCACCCAAAUUUGGAUUAAGAAAAGACACUGUGAGGAAAACAGAAACAGGCAUUUCUGCCGCGGAGCUGCAGCUGCAGCACAGCAGACGCUCUGCAGAAGAACCCGGACCCGAGGUUGAGAGGGAGCCAGGAGAAGAGGGUUUGGGGGCCAGAGAAGCCCUGGAACGUGGGUCAGGGCAAGGGGAGGUGACAGAAAAGGAUGCAGAGGAGCACAGAAAAAUGGACAAACAGACUGACGACAAGGACAAGGAAAAGAGGGAAGAAAAGACCAAAAUGUCCAAAUUUAAAAUGCCCUCAUUUGGGUGGUCACCCAGCAAGGAGCAAAGGACAGAUGAAGCAAAACCCAUACAAGGAACAGAGACAGAAAAAGACAUCCAUAUCACAAAGGAAAAGACGGAAACAAAAAUAACAGAUGACAGUGAAGUCAGGGAUAUCACACGACAUGAAGAAACUCAGAAACACACAACAAAAAUUAAAAAGGGAACAGAAGAAAGUGAGAGGGACCCCUCCCUGGGAGACAAGGACGUGGCCGCCAAAGACAGCAAGUUCAAGAUGCCCAAGUUCAAGAUGCCGUCCUUCGGGGUGUCGGGCCCAGGCAAGACCAUCGAGGCCUCGGUGGACGUGUCCGCGCCCAAGGUGGAGGCGGACGUGACCCUCCCCUCCGUGCAGGGCGACCUCAAGGGCACUGACCUCAGCAUUCAGCCCCCUUCUGCCGACGUGGACGUCAAGGCUGGCCAGGUGGGCGUGAAGCUCCCGGAGGGCCGCCUGCCCGAGGGAGAGCUUGGCGCACAGGCAGCUGGCGCCGGCCUGAAGGGCCACCUGCCCAAGGUGCAGAUGCCCAGCAUCAAGAUGCCGAAAGUGGACAUCAAGGGCCCCAAGCUGGACGUGAAAGGCCCCAAGGGGGAGGUGACCGCCCCCGAGGUGGAGGUGGGGCUGCCCAGCGUGGACGUGGACCUCCAGGCGCCGGGUGCCAAGCUGGAGGGGGACCUCUCCCUGGGAGACAAGGACGUGGCCGCCAAAGACAGCAAGUUCAAGAUGCCCAAGUUCAAGAUGCCGUCCUUCGGGGUGUCGGCCCCAGGCAAGACCAUCGAGGCCUCGGUGGACGUGUCCGCGCCCAAGGUGGAGGCGGACGUGACCCUCCCCUCCGUGCAGGGCGACCUCAAGGGCACUGACCUCAGCAUUCAGCCCCCUUCUGCCGACGUGGACGUCAAGGCUGGCCAGGUGGGCGUGAAGCUCCCGGAGGGCCGCCUGCCCGAGGGAGAGCUUGGCGCACAGGCAGCUGGCGCCGGCCUGAAGGGCCACCUGCCCAAGGUGCAGAUGCCCAGCAUCAAGAUGCCGAAAGUGGACCUCAAGGGCCCCCAGGUGGACAUCAAGGGCCCCAAGCUGGACGUGAAAGGCCCCAAGGGGGAGGUGACCGCCCCCGAGGUGGAGGUGGGGCUGCCCAGCGUGGACGUGGACCUCCAGGCGCCGGGUGCCAAGCUGGAGGGGGACCUCUCCCUGGGAGACAAGGACGUGGCCGCCAAAGACAGCAAGUUCAAGAUGCCCAAGUUCAAGAUGCCGUCCUUCGGGGUGUCGGCCCCAGGCAAGACCAUCGAGGCCUCGGUGGACGUGUCCGCGCCCAAGGUGGAGGCGGACGUGACCCUCCCCUCCGUGCAGGGCGACCUCAAGGGCACUGACCUCAGCAUUCAGCCCCCUUCUGCCGACGUGGACGUCAAGGCUGGCCAGGUGGGCGUGAAGCUCCCGGAGGGCCGCCUGCCCGAGGGAGAGCUUGGCGCACAGGCAGCUGGCGCCGGCCUGAAGGGCCACCUGCCCAAGGUGCAGAUGCCCAGCAUCAAGAUGCCGAAAGUGGACCUCAAGGGCCCCCAGGUGGACAUCAAGGGCCCCAAGCUGGACGUGAAAGGCCCCAAGGGGGAGGUGACCGCCCCCGAGGUGGAGGUGGGGCUGCCCAGCGUGGACGUGGACCUCCAGGCGCCGGGUGCCAAGCUGGAGGGGGACCUCUCCCUGGGAGACAAGGACGUGGCCGCCAAAGACAGCAAGUUCAAGAUGCCCAAGUUCAAGAUGCCGUCCUUCGGGGUGUCGGCCCCAGGCAAGACCAUCGAGGCCUCGGUGGACGUGUCCGCGCCCAAGGUGGAGGCGGACGUGACCCUCCCCUCCGUGCAGGGCGACCUCAAGGGCACUGACCUCAGCAUUCAGCCCCCUUCUGCCGACGUGGACGUCAAGGCUGGCCAGGUGGGCGUGAAGCUCCCGGAGGGCCGCCUGCCCGAGGGAGAGCUUGGCGCACAGGCAGCUGGCGCCGGCCUGAAGGGCCACCUGCCCAAGGUGCAGAUGCCCAGCAUCAAGAUGCCGAAAGUGGACCUCAAGGGCCCCCAGGUGGACAUCAAGGGCCCCAAGCUGGACGUGAAAGGCCCCAAGGGGGAGGUGACCGCCCCCGAGGUGGAGGUGGGGCUGCCCAGCGUGGACGUGGACCUCCAGGCGCCGGGUGCCAAGCUGGAGGGGGCCAAGCUGGAGGGGGACCUCUCCCUGGGAGACAAGGACGUGGCCGCCAAAGACAGCAAGUUCAAGAUGCCCAAGUUCAAGAUGCCGUCCUUCGGGGUGUCGGCCCCAGGCAAGACCAUCGAGGCCUCGGUGGACGUGUCCGCGCCCAAGGUGGUGGCGGACGUGACCCUCCCCUCCGUGCAGGGCGACCUCAAGGGCACUGACCUCAGCAUUCAGCCCCCUUCUGCCGACGUGGACGUCAAGGCUGGCCAGGUGGGCGUGAAGCUCCCGGAGGGCCGCCUGCCCGAGGGAGAGCUUGGCGCACAGGCAGCUGGCGCCGGCCUGAAGGGCCACCUGCCCAAGGUGCAGAUGCCCAGCAUCAAGAUGCCGAAAGUGGACCUCAAGGGCCCCCAGGUGGACAUCAAGGGCCCCAAGCUGGACGUGAAAGGCCCCAAGGGGGAGGUGACCGCCCCCGAGGUGGAGGUGGGGCUGCCCAGCGUGGACGUGGACCUCCAGGCGCCGGGUGCCAAGCUGGAGGGGGACCUCUCCCUGGGAGACAAGGACGUGGCCGCCAAAGACAGCAAGUUCAAGAUGCCCAAGUUCAAGAUGCCGUCCUUCGGGGUGUCGGCCCCAGGCAAGACCAUCGAGGCCUCGGUGGACGUGUCCGCGCCCAAGGUGGAGGCGGACGUGACCCUCCCCUCCGUGCAGGGCGACCUCAAGGGCACUGACCUCAGCAUUCAGCCCCCUUCUGCCGACGUGGACGUCAAGGCUGGCCAGGUGGGCGUGAAGCUCCCGGAGGGCCGCCUGCCCGAGGGAGAGCUUGGCGCACAGGCAGCUGGCGCCGGCCUGAAGGGCCACCUGCCCAAGGUGCAGAUGCCCAGCAUCAAGAUGCCGAAAGUGGACCUCAAGGGCCCCCAGGUGGACAUCAAGGGCCCCAAGCUGGACGUGAAAGGCCCCAAGGGGGAGGUGACCGCCCCCGAGGUGGAGGUGGGGCUGCCCAGCGUGGACGUGGACCUCCAGGCGCCGGGUGCCAAGCUGGAGGGGGACCUCUCCCUGGGAGACAAGGACGUGGCCGCCAAAGACAGCAAGUUCAAGAUGCCCAAGUUCAAGAUGCCGUCCUUCGGGGUGUCGGCCCCAGGCAAGACCAUCGAGGCCUCGGUGGACGUGUCCGCGCCCAAGGUGGAGGCGGACGUGACCCUCCCCUCCGUGCAGGGCGACCUCAAGGGCACUGACCUCAGCAUUCAGCCCCCUUCUGCCGACGUGGACGUCAAGGCUGGCCAGGUGGGCGUGAAGCUCCCGGAGGGCCGCCUGCCCGAGGGAGAGCUUGGCGCACAGGCAGCUGGCGCCGGCCUGAAGGGCCACCUGCCCAAGGUGCAGAUGCCCAGCAUCAAGAUGCCGAAAGUGGACCUCAAGGGCCCCCAGGUGGACAUCAAGGGCCCCAAGCUGGACGUGAAAGGCCCCAAGGGGGAGGUGACCGCCCCCGAGGUGGAGGUGGGGCUGCCCAGCGUGGACGUGGACCUCCAGGCGCCGGGUGCCAAGCUGGAGGGGGACCUCUCCCUGGGAGACAAGGACGUGGCCGCCAAAGACAGCAAGUUCAAGAUGCCCAAGUUCAAGAUGCCGUCCUUCGGGGUGUCGGCCCCAGGCAAGACCAUCGAGGCCUCGGUGGACGUGUCCGCGCCCAAGGUGGAGGCGGACGUGACCCUCCCCUCCGUGCAGGGCGACCUCAAGGGCACUGACCUCAGCAUUCAGCCCCCUUCUGCCGACGUGGACGUCAAGGCUGGCCAGGUGGGCGUGAAGCUCCCGGAGGGCCGCCUGCCCGAGGGAGAGCUUGGCGCACAGGCAGCUGGCGCCGGCCUGAAGGGCCACCUGCCCAAGGUGCAGAUGCCCAGCAUCAAGAUGCCGAAAGUGGACCUCAAGGGCCCCCAGGUGGACAUCAAGGGCCCCAAGCUGGACGUGAAAGGCCCCAAGGGGGAGGUGACCGCCCCCGAGGUGGAGGUGGGGCUGCCCAGCGUGGACGUGGACCUCCAGGCGCCGGGUGCCAAGCUGGAGGGGGACCUCUCCCUGGGAGACAAGGACGUGGCCGCCAAAGACAGCAAGUUCAAGAUGCCCAAGUUCAAGAUGCCGUCCUUCGGGGUGUCGGCCCCAGGCAAGACCAUCGAGGCCUCGGUGGACGUGUCCGCGCCCAAGGUGGAGGCGGACGUGACCCUCCCCUCCGUGCAGGGCGACCUCAAGGGCACUGACCUCAGCAUUCAGCCCCCUUCUGCCGACGUGGACGUCAAGGCUGGCCAGGUGGGCGUGAAGCUCCCGGAGGGCCGCCUGCCCGAGGGAGAGCUUGGCGCACAGGCAGCUGGCGCCGGCCUGAAGGGCCACCUGCCCAAGGUGCAGAUGCCCAGCAUCAAGAUGCCGAAAGUGGACCUCAAGGGCCCCCAGGUGGACAUCAAGGGCCCCAAGCUGGACGUGAAAGGCCCCAAGGGGGAGGUGACCGCCCCCGAGGUGGAGGUGGGGCUGCCCAGCGUGGACGUGGACCUCCAGGCGCCGGGUGCCAAGCUGGAGGGGGACCUCUCCCUGGGAGACAAGGACGUGGCCGCCAAAGACAGCAAGUUCAAGAUGCCCAAGUUCAAGAUGCCGUCCUUCGGGGUGUCGGCCCCAGGCAAGACCAUCGAGGCCUCGGUGGACGUGUCCGCGCCCAAGGUGGAGGCGGACGUGACCCUCCCCUCCGUGCAGGGCGACCUCAAGGGCACUGACCUCAGCAUUCAGCCCCCUUCUGCCGACGUGGACGUCAAGGCUGGCCAGGUGGGCGUGAAGCUCCCGGAGGGCCGCCUGCCCGAGGGAGAGCUUGGCGCACAGGCAGCUGGCGCCGGCCUGAAGGGCCACCUGCCCAAGGUGCAGAUGCCCAGCAUCAAGAUGCCGAAAGUGGACCUCAAGGGCCCCCAGGUGGACAUCAAGGGCCCCAAGCUGGACGUGAAAGGCCCCAAGGGGGAGGUGACCGCCCCCGAGGUGGAGGUGGGGCUGCCCAGCGUGGACGUGGACCUCCAGGCGCCGGGUGCCAAGCUGGAGGGGGACCUCUCCCUGGGAGACAAGGACGUGGCCGCCAAAGACAGCAAGUUCAAGAUGCCCAAGUUCAAGAUGCCGUCCUUCGGGGUGUCGGCCCCAGGCAAGACCAUCGAGGCCUCGGUGGACGUGUCUGCGCCCAAGGUGGAGGCGGACGUGACCCUCCCCUCCGUGCAGGGCGACCUCAAGGGCACUGACCUCAGCAUUCAGCCCCCUUCUGCCGACGUGGACGUCAAGGCUGGCCAGGUGGGCGUGAAGCUCCCGGAGGGCCGCCUGCCCGAGGGAGAGCUUGGCGCACAGGCAGCUGGCGCCGGCCUGAAGGGCCACCUGCCCAAGGUGCAGAUGCCCAGCAUCAAGAUGCCGAAAGUGGACCUCAAGGGCCCCCAGGUGGACAUCAAGGGCCCCAAGCUGGACGUGAAAGGCCCCAAGGGGGAGGUGACCGCCCCCGAGGUGGAGGUGGGGCUGCCCAGCGUGGACGUGGACCUCCAGGCGCCGGGUCCCAAGCUGGAGGGGGACCUCUCCCUGGGAGACAAGGACGUGGCCGCCAAAGACAGCAAGUUCAAGAUGCCCAAGUUCAAGAUGCCGUCCUUCGGGGUGUCGGCCCCAGGCAAGACCAUCGAGGCCUCGGUGGACGUGUCCGCGCCCAAGGUGGAGGCGGACGUGACCCUCCCCUCCGUGCAGGGCGACCUCAAGGGCACUGACCUCAGCAUUCAGCCCCCUUCUGCCGACGUGGACGUCAAGGCUGGCCAGGUGGGCGUGAAGCUCCCGGAGGGCCGCCUGCCCGAGGGAGAGCUUGGCGCACAGGCAGCUGGCGCCGGCCUGAAGGGCCACCUGCCCAAGGUGCAGAUGCCCAGCAUCAAGAUGCCGAAAGUGGACCUCAAGGGCCCCCAGGUGGACAUCAAGGGCCCCAAGCUGGACGUGAAAGGCCCCAAGGGGGAGGUGACCGCCCCCGAGGUGGAGGUGGGGCUGCCCAGCGUGGACGUGGACCUCCAGGCGCCGGGUGCCAAGCUGGAGGGGGACCUCUCCCUGGGAGACAAGGACGUGGCCGCCAAAGACAGCAAGUUCAAGAUGCCCAAGUUCAAGAUGCCGUCCUUCGGGGUGUCGGCCCCAGGCAAGACCAUCGAGGCCUCGGUGGACGUGUCCGCGCCCAAGGUGGAGGCGGACGUGACCCUCCCCUCCGUGCAGGGCGACCUCAAGGGCACUGACCUCAGCAUUCAGCCCCCUUCUGCCGACGUGGACGUCAAGGCUGGCCAGGUGGGCGUGAAGCUCCCGGAGGGCCGCCUGCCCGAGGGAGAGCUUGGCGCACAGGCAGCUGGCGCCGGCCUGAAGGGCCACCUGCCCAAGGUGCAGAUGCCCAGCAUCAAGAUGCCGAAAGUGGACCUCAAGGGCCCCCAGGUGGACAUCAAGGGCCCCAAGCUGGACGUGAAAGGCCCCAAGGGGGAGGUGACCGCCCCCGAGGUGGAGGUGGGGCUGCCCAGCGUGGACGUGGACCUCCAGGCGCCGGGUGCCAAGCUGGAGGGCGACCUCUCCCUGGGAGACAAGGACGUGGCCGCCAAAGACAGCAAGUUCAAGAUGCCCAAGUUCAAGAUGCCGUCCUUCGGGGUGUCGGCCCCAGGCAAGACCAUCGAGGCCUCGGUGGACGUGUCCGCGCCCAAGGUGGAGGCGGACGUGACCCUCCCCUCCGUGCAGGGCGACCUCAAGGGCACUGACCUCAGCAUUCAGCCCCCUUCUGCCGACGUGGACGUCAAGGCUGGCCAGGUGGGCGUGAAGCUCCCGGAGGGCCGCCUGCCCGAGGGAGAGCUUGGCGCACAGGCAGCUGGCGCCGGCCUGAAGGGCCACCUGCCCAAGGUGCAGAUGCCCAGCAUCAAGAUGCCGAAAGUGGACCUCAAGGGCCCCCAGGUGGACAUCAAGGGCCCCAAGCUGGACGUGAAAGGCCCCAAGGGGGAGGUGACCGCCCCCGAGGUGGAGGUGGGGCUGCCCAGCGUGGACGUGGACCUCCAGGCGCCGGGUGCCAAGCUGGAGGGGGACCUCUCCCUGGGAGACAAGGACGUGGCCGCCAAAGACAGCAAGUUCAAGAUGCCCAAGUUCAAGAUGCCGUCCUUCGGGGUGUCGGCCCCAGGCAAGACCAUCGAGGCCUCGGUGGACGUGUCCGCGCCCAAGGUGGAGGCGGACGUGACCCUCCCCUCCGUGCAGGGCGACCUCAAGGGCACUGACCUCAGCAUUCAGCCCCCUUCUGCCGACGUGGACGUCAAGGCUGGCCAGGUGGGCGUGAAGCUCCCGGAGGGCCGCCUGCCCGAGGGAGAGCUUGGCGCACAGGCAGCUGGCGCCGGCCUGAAGGGCCACCUGCCCAAGGUGCAGAUGCCCAGCAUCAAGAUGCCGAAAGUGGACCUCAAGGGCCCCCAGGUGGACAUCAAGGGCCCCAAGCUGGACGUGAAAGGCCCCAAGGGGGAGGUGACCGCCCCCGAGGUGGAGGUGGGGCUGCCCAGCGUGGACGUGGACCUCCAGGCGCCGGGUGCCAAGCUGGAGGGGGACCUCUCCCUGGGAGACAAGGACGUGGCCGCCAAAGACAGCAAGUUCAAGAUGCCCAAGUUCAAGAUGCCGUCCUUCGGGGUGUCGGCCCCAGGCAAGACCAUCGAGGCCUCGGUGGACGUGUCCGCGCCCAAGGUGGAGGCGGACGUGACCCUCCCCUCCGUGCAGGGCGACCUCAAGGGCACUGACCUCAGCAUUCAGCCCCCUUCUGCCGACGUGGACGUCAAGGCUGGCCAGGUGGGCGUGAAGCUCCCGGAGGGCCGCCUGCCCGAGGGAGAGCUUGGCGCACAGGCAGCUGGCGCCGGCCUGAAGGGCCACCUGCCCAAGGUGCAGAUGCCCAGCAUCAAGAUGCCGAAAGUGGACCUCAAGGGCCCCCAGGUGGACAUCAAGGGCCCCAAGCUGGACGUGAAAGGCCCCAAGGGGGAGGUGACCGCCCCCGAGGUGGAGGUGGGGCUGCCCAGCGUGGACGUGGACCUCCAGGCGCCGGGUGCCAAGCUGGAGGGGGACCUCUCCCUGGGAGACAAGGACGUGGCCGCCAAAGACAGCAAGUUCAAGAUGCCCAAGUUCAAGAUGCCGUCCUUCGGGGUGUCGGCCCCAGGCAAGACCAUCGAGGCCUCGGUGGACGUGUCCGCGCCCAAGGUGGAGGCGGACGUGACCCUCCCCUCCGUGCAGGGCGACCUCAAGGGCACUGACCUCAGCAUUCAGCCCCCUUCUGCCGACGUGGACGUCAAGGCUGGCCAGGUGGGCGUGAAGCUCCCGGAGGGCCGCCUGCCCGAGGGAGAGCUUGGCGCACAGGCAGCUGGCGCCGGCCUGAAGGGCCACCUGCCCAAGGUGCAGAUGCCCAGCAUCAAGAUGCCGAAAGUGGACCUCAAGGGCCCCCAGGUGGACAUCAAGGGCCCCAAGCUGGACGUGAAAGGCCCCAAGGGGGAGGUGACCGCCCCCGAGGUGGAGGUGGGGCUGCCCAGCGUGGACGUGGACCUCCAGGCGCCGGGUGCCAAGCUGGAGGGGGACCUCUCCCUGGGAGACAAGGACGUGGCCGCCAAAGACAGCAAGUUCAAGAUGCCCAAGUUCAAGAUGCCGUCCUUCGGGGUGUCGGCCCCAGGCAAGACCAUCGAGGCCUCGGUGGACGUGUCCGCGCCCAAGGUGGAGGCGGACGUGACCCUCCCCUCCGUGCAGGGCGACCUCAAGGGCACUGACCUCAGCAUUCAGCCCCCUUCUGCCGACGUGGACGUCAAGGCUGGCCAGGUGGGCGUGAAGCUCCCGGAGGGCCGCCUGCCCGAGGGAGAGCUUGGCGCACAGGCAGCUGGCGCCGGCCUGAAGGGCCACCUGCCCAAGGUGCAGAUGCCCAGCAUCAAGAUGCCGAAAGUGGACCUCAAGGGCCCCCAGGUGGACAUCAAGGGCCCCAAGCUGGACGUGAAAGGCCCCAAGGGGGAGGUGACCGCCCCCGAGGUGGAGGUGGGGCUGCCCAGCGUGGACGUGGACCUCCAGGCGCCGGGUGCCAAGCUGGAGGGGGACCUCUCCCUGGGAGACAAGGACGUGGCCGCCAAAGACAGCAAGUUCAAGAUGCCCAAGUUCAAGAUGCCGUCCUUCGGGGUGUCGGCCCCAGGCAAGACCAUCGAGGCCUCGGUGGACGUGUCCGCGCCCAAGGUGGAGGCGGACGUGACCCUCCCCUCCGUGCAGGGCGACCUCAAGGGCACUGACCUCAGCAUUCAGCCCCCUUCUGCCGACGUGGACGUCAAGGCUGGCCAGGUGGGCGUGAAGCUCCCGGAGGGCCGCCUGCCCGAGGGAGAGCUUGGCGCACAGGCAGCUGGCGCCGGCCUGAAGGGCCACCUGCCCAAGGUGCAGAUGCCCAGCAUCAAGAUGCCGAAAGUGGACCUCAAGGGCCCCCAGGUGGACAUCAAGGGCCCCAAGCUGGACGUGAAAGGCCCCAAGGGGGAGGUGACCGCCCCCGAGGUGGAGGUGGGGCUGCCCAGCGUGGACGUGGACCUCCAGGCGCCGGGUGCCAAGCUGGAGGGGGACCUCUCCCUGGGAGACAAGGACGUGGCCGCCAAAGACAGCAAGUUCAAGAUGCCCAAGUUCAAGAUGCCGUCCUUCGGGGUGUCGGCCCCAGGCAAGACCAUCGAGGCCUCGGUGGACGUGUCCGCGCCCAAGGUGGAGGCGGACGUGACCCUCCCCUCCGUGCAGGGCGACCUCAAGGGCACUGACCUCAGCAUUCAGCCCCCUUCUGCCGACGUGGACGUCAAGGCUGGCCAGGUGGGCGUGAAGCUCCCGGAGGGCCGCCUGCCCGAGGGAGAGCUUGGCGCACAGGCAGCUGGCGCCGGCCUGAAGGGCCACCUGCCCAAGGUGCAGAUGCCCAGCAUCAAGAUGCCGAAAGUGGACCUCAAGGGCCCCCAGGUGGACAUCAAGGGCCCCAAGCUGGACGUGAAAGGCCCCAAGGGGGAGGUGACCGCCCCCGAGGUGGAGGUGGGGCUGCCCAGCGUGGACGUGGACCUCCAGGCGCCGGGUGCCAAGCUGGAGGGGGACCUCUCCCUGGGAGACAAGGACGUGGCCGCCAAAGACAGCAAGUUCAAGAUGCCCAAGUUCAAGAUGCCGUCCUUCGGGGUGUCGGCCCCAGGCAAGACCAUCGAGGCCUCGGUGGACGUGUCCGCGCCCAAGGUGGAGGCGGACGUGACCCUCCCCUCCGUGCAGGGCGACCUCAAGGGCACUGACCUCAGCAUUCAGCCCCCUUCUGCCGACGUGGACGUCAAGGCUGGCCAGGUGGGCGUGAAGCUCCCGGAGGGCCGCCUGCCCGAGGGAGAGCUUGGCGCACAGGCAGCUGGCGCCGGCCUGAAGGGCCACCUGCCCAAGGUGCAGAUGCCCAGCAUCAAGAUGCCGAAAGUGGACCUCAAGGGCCCCCAGGUGGACAUCAAGGGCCCCAAGCUGGACGUGAAAGGCCCCAAGGGGGAGGUGACCGCCCCCGAGGUGGAGGUGGGGCUGCCCAGCGUGGACGUGGACCUCCAGGCGCCGGGUGCCAAGCUGGAGGGGGACCUCUCCCUGGGAGACAAGGACGUGGCCGCCAAAGACAGCAAGUUCAAGAUGCCCAAGUUCAAGAUGCCGUCCUUCGGGGUGUCGGCCCCAGGCAAGACCAUCGAGGCCUCGGUGGACGUGUCCGCGCCCAAGGUGGAGGCGGACGUGACCCUCCCCUCCGUGCAGGGCGACCUCAAGGGCACUGACCUCAGCAUUCAGCCCCCUUCUGCCGACGUGGACGUCAAGGCUGGCCAGGUGGGCGUGAAGCUCCCGGAGGGCCGCCUGCCCGAGGGAGAGCUUGGCGCACAGGCAGCUGGCGCCGGCCUGAAGGGCCACCUGCCCAAGGUGCAGAUGCCCAGCAUCAAGAUGCCGAAAGUGGACCUCAAGGGCCCCCAGGUGGACAUCAAGGGCCCCAAGCUGGACGUGAAAGGCCCCAAGGGGGAGGUGACCGCCCCCGAGGUGGAGGUGGGGCUGCCCAGCGUGGACGUGGACCUCCAGGCGCCGGGUGCCAAGCUGGAGGGGGACCUCUCCCUGGGAGACAAGGACGUGGCCGCCAAAGACAGCAAGUUCAAGAUGCCCAAGUUCAAGAUGCCGUCCUUCGGGGUGUCGGCCCCAGGCAAGACCAUCGAGGCCUCGGUGGACGUGUCCGCGCCCAAGGUGGAGGCGGACGUGACCCUCCCCUCCGUGCAGGGCGACCUCAAGGGCACUGACCUCAGCAUUCAGCCCCCUUCUGCCGACGUGGACGUCAAGGCUGGCCAGGUGGGCGUGAAGCUCCCGGAGGGCCGCCUGCCCGAGGGAGAGCUUGGCGCACAGGCAGCUGGCGCCGGCCUGAAGGGCCACCUGCCCAAGGUGCAGAUGCCCAGCAUCAAGAUGCCGAAAGUGGACCUCAAGGGCCCCCAGGUGGACAUCAAGGGCCCCAAGCUGGACGUGAAAGGCCCCAAGGGGGAGGUGACCGCCCCCGAGGUGGAGGUGGGGCUGCCCAGCGUGGACGUGGACCUCCAGGCGCCGGGUGCCAAGCUGGAGGGGGACCUCUCCCUGGGAGACAAGGACGUGGCCGCCAAAGACAGCAAGUUCAAGAUGCCCAAGUUCAAGAUGCCGUCCUUCGGGGUGUCGGCCCCAGGCAAGACCAUCGAGGCCUCGGUGGACGUGUCCGCGCCCAAGGUGGAGGCGGACGUGACCCUCCCCUCCGUGCAGGGCGACCUCAAGGGCACUGACCUCAGCAUUCAGCCCCCUUCUGCCGACGUGGACGUCAAGGCUGGCCAGGUGGGCGUGAAGCUCCCGGAGGGCCGCCUGCCCGAGGGAGAGCUUGGCGCACAGGCAGCUGGCGCCGGCCUGAAGGGCCACCUGCCCAAGGUGCAGAUGCCCAGCAUCAAGAUGCCGAAAGUGGACCUCAAGGGCCCCCAGGUGGACAUCAAGGGCCCCAAGCUGGACGUGAAAGGCCCCAAGGGGGAGGUGACCGCCCCCGAGGUGGAGGUGGGGCUGCCCAGCGUGGACGUGGACCUCCAGGCGCCGGGUGCCAAGCUGGAGGGGGACCUCUCCCUGGGAGACAAGGACGUGGCCGCCAAAGACAGCAAGUUUAAGAUACCCAAGUUCAGUAUUCCUUCUUUUUCAUGGUCCCCUAGUAAGGCUGCUGUGAGUGUUCAAGAGGUGGAGGGGAGGAUUACAUUUAGUGAAGAGGCUUCCAUUUUAGGUGAGGUGGACUCUGCUGUCACCCUUCCUGGAGGUUGUCUUGAUGAUUUUAAUAUUGAAACUGAUUUGGGUCACUCAUUUGGGAAAGAUGAAGAGAAAGCCGAACCUGAGAAACUUCAUAUUAACAUCCGCAAAGGCUUUUUUUCCUCAGGGAAGUCUCGGAAAGACAUUAAACACCUUGAAGGUGGUUUUGGGGCACGUGUUCCCCGGAGUCAAGAGGCUAUGUCUUUGGACUUGCAGCCCGCUGAGGCGCCGGGGCAGUGUGGGUUGGACCGUGGGCCGUCUACUCUUGUGCCCCUGGUGGGACUGUCGGGUUUUGCUUCAGCCAGCCUUGAUCUCACUGGCCCGCAUGUGGAAUCAUCUGUCCACACUGGUGGGGGUGUCACACUUACGAAAUACCAGGUGACUCUCUCCCGAGCUCCCCUGGGCCCUGAGUUUUCUCAGGAAUCUUCUUCUGGGUCACAGACCGAUGUUCCCCUUCCCAGCCCACAAAGCUGUAUUGACCUGAAUGCCCUUGAGGACAUUCCCUUGUCACAGACCGACAGCCAUCCUGGCAAAGCGGAUGCCCUAAUUCCUGCAUCUUACCAUGAGGUGACUUUUCCUAAGUUUUAUCAAUCAAAGUUUGCAUUUCCAGUUGUGAAAGCGGCAGUUCCUGAGGGAGACUUGCGUGCAGCAGGGGAUGCUGCAGCUCUGUCUUCCUCAACCUUGGGGUGGCGGGGAGACUCUUCAGGAGAGGACGGCCAGGUGUCCCCACUGCCAAGCACCGAGCUGCUCCCCACGGGUACCCCUGUGUCCCAGGGUAGAGAGGAUCAGUCGGGCCCCUUGGGAACAGCUCCAGGAGAAGCUCCAGCUGACAAUGCUGACCGUGAAGGGAAAGGGAGUCCCUUCAAGAUGCCCAGGUUCAAGCUUCCAUCUUUUAACUGGUCUCCAAAGAAGGAGGUGGAGCCAAGAUGGGACCCUGAAUGCAGCCUGGAGGACGCCAAACUCAGCGUGGUUUUAGACGUGGAGCAGGCGGACACCCAGGCUGGGGUUGCUGUGUCUGACAUGGAGGUGCCCCCGGAUGUGCCUCCUGAGAAGGACGGGGAGAAGGGAAGGCUCAGGAUGUCUGGCUUUGCCAUGCCGAAACUUGCUCUUCCCAAAAUGAAGGCUUCUAAAGGCGGGGUGGGCCUGCGACAGGCAGACGUGCAUCCUUCACUUUCCAGUGCCGUGGCAGGAGGGGACGUCCAAGCCACAGAGCAGCCCAGCAGUGGUGGGGGCCGGGGGGACACUGUUGCAACCAUGGACUCCCCAGGAGAGGGCUUGGACGUCCAUCCAUCACAAGUCCGCAUUCCCAGUUUGGGCUUUGCCAAACCUGAUCUCAGAUCCUCCAAGGCCAAGGUAGAAGUGAGCCAGUCUAAAGCUGACCUGCCUCUUCCCAAACAUGACCCAUCUGUCGGAGGUGGAAGCCAAGGCAUGGGGCUCAGGGAUGUCCCAGCCAGCCAGCCCUGUGGGGAGGGGACAGCCCUAGCCACAGAAGACCCCCUUCAGACAUCCUGUCAACAAAUAGAUGCUGAAGUGCCCACAAUGGAUAGCCCGGAGGAGGGAGCCCCUGCGGGAGCAAUGAGAGGGGACGCACCAGAGAGCUGGUUUAAGAUGCCCAAGUUCCGCAUGCCCAGCUUCAGACGCUCCUCGUCCAAGGAGAGAGGUGGGGCCAGCGGGCGGGAGGUGCUGGAGCUCCCACCCCCUGCCAGCGCCACCCCAGAGGAAGAGGCAGCUGGAGUCAAGGCGGUCCACGUCUCUGGGCCCAAGGUGGAGGCAGGUAUGUCUCUGUGGCCCCCAGAAGCAGAAGCAGAUGUGACAGCUUCCAAGGGCCCGUUGCACGCAGACGUCCUUAGAUAUAAUAUGGAGGGCACAGGCUUGAAGCUGUCCCUCCCCGCUGCUGCGAUGUCCGAGGCUGAUCUUUCCCCUUCCAAGGGCAGCAUCCAUCCAGCCGAAAGCUCCCUCCCUCUUCAGGUGUCUGGCACGAGACUUUCAGAAACACAGGCUCCUGCAGGAGAGAUGGCCAAGAUGCCCCCUCCUAGGCCGGCAGGACAUGAACCUGCCCAGGUGGAGGAGAGAACAGAGAGACGGUCUUCCCAGCCCGAAGGUCCCCUGACACUGAAGGCUUCCAGCACUGAAGUGCCCUCCCAGGUUUCCGUGGUCAACGUGGAUCGACUCUGGGAGGACUCUGUUCUAACUGUCAGAUUCCCCAGACUGAGAACGCCACGGUUCUCCUUCCCUGCUGCCAGCUCGGAGGCUGACGUGUUCGUCCCCACUGUGAGGGAAGUGCGGUGUCCAGAGACCAGGAUUGACCUCGCCCUUCAGGAGAGCCCCGAGCUCUGGGGGGCCAGCAUCCUGAAGGCAGGCACUGGGAUCCCCAGGGAGCAGCCUGUGGGGCUUGAUGGCUCCCUGGAAGCUUCCGCAGUUCCCAGGGUCAGAGUGCAUAUUCAGGGUGCUCAUGUGCAGAGUCAGGAGGUUACCAUACACAGCAGGUUGACACCAGAAUUUGCAGAUCUCUCGGCGCCUGAGGCGUUUUCCACUGAGAUCAUAAGGGAAUCAGAGAUCCCUGCGUCUGAGAUUCAAAUGCCUUCUUAUGGAUUUUCCUUGCUGAAGGUGAAAAUCCCAGAGCCCCCCAGGCAGGCUAGAGUGUGCACGGUGACUCAAGACUCUCCGAUGCGGGAGGGCUUGGAAGAGGCUCCCGCUGCAGCUGCUCCAGGAGUGGACUCGAUGUCUGCAGAUCUGCAGCCUGACAGCGGAGAACCGUUUGAGAUCAUCUCUUCCAGCGUCAGCGCACCAGAACCACAGGCAUUCACGUUUGAAGUGCGUCCCAGCCGCCAGCUUGCAGGCAGCUGCUCCGAUGAGGAACCAGCAGAAAUUCUCGAGUUUUCUGCUGAAGACAGCCAAGAGGCCACCACCCCCCAGGCAGAUGGACACAGGGCUCCAAAAGAGAAGCCAGAAAGUAAAAAAUCUUCUGGCCUGUUCUGGUCUUGGCUUCCAAACAUUGGGUUUUCUUCUUCUGCGGGUGAGGCAAGUGCUGAUUCCAAAGCUGACGUCCCAAGAUCUGCUCCUGUUCAAACGCAGCCCGAGGCCCGGCCGGAGGCAGAGCUGCCUAAGAAGCAGGAGAAGGCGGGCUGGUUCCGAUUUCCCAAAUUAGGGUUCUCCUCUUCUCCUACCAAGAAGAGCAAAAGCACCGAAGAUGAGGCAGACCUGGCAGAGCAAAAACUUCAAGAAGAAACAGUCACCUUUUUUGACGCCCAGGAAAGCUUCUCCCCUGAAGAGGAGGAGGAAGGUGAGCCGGGGGACGCCAUGGGUGCCAGGCCAGGCUCCAAAGCGAUGGUGGCGUCCAGGGCGAGAACAGAGUUGAUCUUGCUGGAGCAGGACAAAGAAGCUGGUGAUGACCCUGUGUCCAGGCCCGUGACCGAAUGAAGGCUGGACAGUGGCUCAUCAGUGGGGGAGAGUUGGGCGGCUCAGGUACAGCACAGAGGCCAGCAACCCUGCACGUCCCCUUGGUGUACAGAAGUGAGAACUCUGUGUCACUGUCACAUGGCCCCCCAGAAAUGGAACCAAAAAUGUGCCCAGCUCUCUCAGAGCUCUAAAAGCACCAAAGGCACCUGACUUCACACAGGACACUGGAUUCACGCGGCAUACCGGUGCUCUGGCAGAAGAUGGCUGGUCUGCACCAUGUAAGUCUCGAGAGACCUGCCCGUGAGGCCCAGCAGAACACGCUGCUUCUCUGGGGGAAGUUCCAAUGGCUGUGGGUGCAGUUUUCAGUGUAGCUUCUGUCCUGCUGCUGCUGCUUCCUGAUGAACGUGGCUUUCUUCUUUCAGGCAGAGUACAGUGUAUUCCAGGAAACCGUUUCCUGCUCACUUAUGAGCUUACUCCUUUGUCAAAUGUCUUGCUGGUGGCACGCUUCGGGAUGCUUUGUGUGAUGAUGCGUACGUGCUGGGCGGAAGCAUGAUGGUCAGUGGCUGACCAGCGACUGUACCCAGUGCACUGGGUGAGAUGAGCCAGCAGAGGUCGUUAAGACAUCCACGAGUUAUCACGAGACGUCAAUACGUGUCCCCUUGCCUGCCGGCAUCUGUCAGUGCCUCUCCUGUGUGCACAUCAUGCCACACUGUCACCCCUGAUCCCCUUAUGUACACACUGCAGCCAGACUGCACAUGGGACUGGCUUGGCUGCUUCCUGGGUGGGAAAUAAAGGAAGUGAUG